AGUGAUAAAAUAGCGUAAAAUAUAAAAAUAGCGCUUUUUCUUUUACUUAUCUAUGUAUUUUUGUUAUAGCUGUUUUAUUUGAUUUAUUAUAUCAUAUGCUUGUUUGUAAUGUGCGUAAAAUUACAAAAUUACACUCUGCUGGUCCCGCCUUUCUCCAAACAAGACGAAGCGCAAAACGUAAAUAAGAUAGCGCUCUUUUUGGACGUUUCGCCUUUUGACGCAAUCGUUUUUUUGUUUUUUGUUCAAUUCGAGUUCAAUCGCAAAUAACGCGAACAUGUCCAACAAGAGCGGCACCGACAUCUCCGAGCGCGCGGCGGACCUGGAGGCGCCCGGUUUAGGCGUGGACAACCUGGUCACGCUGCUCAUCUUCGGACUCAUCUUCACGCUGGGCGUGCUCGGGAACUCGCUGGUGAUCACGGUGCUCGCGAGGCGCAAGUCCGGCCAGCAGCGCAGCACCACCAACGUCUUCAUCCUGAACCUGAGCAUCGCCGACCUGUCCUACCUGCUCUUCUGCAUCCCCUUCCAGUCCACCGUCUACAUGAUGCCCUCCUGGAUCUUCGGCGAGUUCAUCUGCAAGUUCGUGCACUACUUCUUCACCGUCUCCAUGCUGGUGAGCAUCUUCACCCUCUCCGCCAUGUCCGUGGACCGCUACGUGGCCAUCGUGCACUGCCGAAAGUCCUCCUCCAUCCGGGUGGUGCGGCACGCGCUGGCAGGGGUGGCGGUCAUCUGGGCGCUCUCGCUGGCCAUGGCCGCGCCGGUGGCGCACCACCAGAGCAUCGUGGAGAGCAAGGACAACAGCACGUUCUGCUGGGAGGUCUGGCCCAACCACACCCGGAGGAAGAUCUACGUGGUCUUCACCUUCAUCUUUGGUUAUCUGCUGCCAUUGAUCCUCAUCUCCUUCUGUUACGCCAAGGUGCUGAACCACCUCCAUAAAAAGCUGAGGAACGUUUCAAAGAAAUCAGAGGCAUCAAAGAAGAAGACGGCGCAGACAGUGCUGGUGGUGGUGGUGGUCUUCUGCCUCUCCUGGCUCCCCCAUCACGUGGUGCAUCUCUGGGUGGAGUUCGGCUCCUUCCCGCUGAACCAGGCCUCCUUCCUGUUCCGGGUCGCCGCUCACUGCCUGGCCUACAGCAACUCCUCUGUCAACCCCAUCAUCUACGCCUUCCUCUCCGAGAACUUCAGGCAGGCCUACAAGCAGGUGUUCCGCUGCCAGGUAGCCAGCGAGUGUCCCGUACACGACGCCCGCGAGAUGAGGAACAAGAUGGAGAUGAUGCCCUCCACCAACUGCACCACGGUGUGAAGAUUUUAGAGUUUAAAAAAGGUUUUAAAGAGAAUUUAUCUGUCUGGAAGCAGAUAAAAAGGAUAUGCAACGUGAUGAACUUUUACCCAAGUGAGGAUCUGAACAGCAAAUAACAGACAGUGUUAUCAGUGGAGAAUCCGCGGUCCUGCUCCCAUCCUGCAAUCAAGCGCACUAUCAUUAUGUUUCCAACAGCAACCUAUGGCCUGCUGCCACUAAUGGAAGCGUGAAAUGGCCACUUUGGCUUACUUUAGAGGGCAGGGCUGAAAGGUUCAGGAUCAGAUGCACUAUUUUACAUUACUUUAUUGGACGUAGAAGUGCUUUAAAUUGUAAAUGUCAGGAUUGCUGCUCCGAAGAUUGUAUUCUUUGGAGCGACGCCAUGGAAGCACAUGGUCUUCAGCCCCGGUCUGGAGGUAUCAGGGAUGUACCUGGUGAACUUUAGCUUCAGUGCACUCAUUUUACUCUUUACUCAACUCUGGACAAGCUGUUAUUUAUUAGCUUAUC